UGGGAAAAAGCUUGCUGGAGCGAUGAUCUCUUGAUGGACAUAUAAGGAGAUGUCGGUCUCGCUUCUUGGAUAGGGCGAGAUCGAUUAGCAUCCCGCACUCGUCUCUCGUUCCCCUUGCUUCCUCGUUCACUUGCGGGCGAGAUAGAUCACGCUCACGAGAUUGCGGAGUUGUUUCGCGGGCAGGAUAUGCAGCAGUCUUCUGCGAUCAGUGCGGUCCGAGAUGAUGGCGGCCAUGGCAAGGUCAAAGUUAGGAAGGUAUCGUGGUCCAAUCUUGCCGUGGGAGCGGUUAUGAAUUUAUUUCAAGUCACAACACUUGGGCAGCCGUUCGAGGUACUCAAGACUCAUGCCGCAGCAAAUCGUAACGACACCAUUUUGCAAGGAAUAAGAAAGACCUGGUCUAGAGGCGGCAUCGCCGGUUUUUAUCAAGGCCUGAUCCCAUGGGCAUGGAUCGAGGCCUCGACAAAGGGAUCAGUUCUCUUGCUCACGUCCACAGAGGUCGAAAGCCUCUCGCGAAAUUCGCUCCAUCUUUCGCCUACUGCUUCGGGUGUGCUGGGCGGUGUCUGUGGGGGAGCUGCUCAAGCGUAUUUGACUAUGGGAUUUACGACCUGCAUGAAAACUAUCGAAGUAACGCGCGACAAAACUACAGUCAAUGGACAAAAACCCAGAAGCUCUGUUUCAGUCUUUGCAGAGAUCCUGCGCACGCAGGGAAUCAGGGGCGUCAACAAGGGCGUCAACGCGGUCGCGAUGCGGCAGAUCACCGGCUGGUCGUCGCGGAUCGGCAUCUCGAGAUUCGCGGAAACUCUUAUCUGCCGGAUACGAGGGAUAGGUGAUUCGAGCGCGAUCGAAUCAUCUGCAUCAGGGCAGACGAAGAGAAAACUUGGAGUAGGCGACAAGAUUCUUGCGUCGUCGAUCGGCGGCGCGCUUAGUUGCUGGAACCAGCCGUUUGAGGUGAUCAGGAUAGAGAUGCAGUCCCUCAAAUCUGACCCGUCGCGGCCGGAGAAACUGACAAUGAUCUCGACCGCGCGGCACAUCUACAGAACCAGCGGCCUGUCUGGGUUUUUCAGGGGCGUGGUUCCGAGAUUCGGUCUGGCGGCAUGGGCUACUAUUUGCAUGGUUGGACUUGGUGAUGUGGUGAAGGAGAGAGUAGCUAGGUUGACAAAGGUGUAGUCGAUCGCUCCAGUUCUGGCUUGUCUUUUCGCUCAUCAAUAUCGCGGCGUUCGUUUUUCUUCUCCGAUAUAGAAUAUUUUCUACAUUGAUCGCUUUGGCGCAUGACCUCCUGCAUCAGUUGAAGCAGUUAUCAUGUGGGUCAUGCACGAGCCUUCGAACCAGCGCUUAAAACCCAUACCAGUGACUUCAUCGGGACUCGGAAAUACGCUUCUCGCAGCGAUAAAGUCUCCACAAAAACCCAUAAAAUUCCAGAUCAUUCGUCGCUGGCAAAGGUGAACAAAGAGCUUGUCAAAUCUACGCGACAUGAGACUCAACGCCGUUAAAUCGACC